CAACCACUUUGUCAAACUCAUCGAUCUGCACCACUAGAAACCUUUCGAGCUUCAGUGACGUGACCUCUGUCAUUGGUUCACUGCAGUUAUAUUUUUUGCUGAUCCGUAUUCGUACGUAUAUUUGUCAUUCCAGAAUAUAUCUGUUCGAGAGAACGUAAACGUGCUGAACGAUGAGCAGUUGGUUGACGCGACUGAUAUUUGCGAUACUUUCGAUUGCUCAGAUCGUUAAGGCUGAGACGUGCUUGAGUCAGGCGCAGUUAGCUGGCAUUGUGUUUGGUGCAUCGCUGAUCACUCUUUUAUUGGCCAUUCUCAUUGCAUUCGUACUCUGGAGAUUCACACGUGCCAAACGAAAAGAUGAGAGCAUAAUAAUAGUUGAACAAGCACCAGAAAAAGCGGCUUAUGAAAAUGGAGCACUUGAAAUGGAAAACAAGGCCACUGAGCCGAUGCCUCGUCAGCUGAUUGAUAAGAUGACCUCUUGCCAUUCGUUAAGACAGAAGAAUCGUCUGCAGAAUAUACAACGGUUACACAGUCAACGGUCGCGAUCUUCUGAAUCACUUGAUAAGCUGAAGGAACUGAAACGAUUGGCGGCAGAGUUGCACGAUAUGCGUCCUCUAGGAUUUAACAUUCUACAAUCGGAUGGCUACAUUUGUGUUGGCGGCAUCCAGAAAAAUGGACCAGCCGAGAAAUCCGGCAAUAUGUUCCAUGGCGAUCGAAUAAAAGCGAUUAAUGUUUCUUUCGAUGGAAUUCUUCUUGAAGAUGCAAUCAGUCUGCUCAGCUGUGCUGCACCAUAUAAGAUGAAACUUGAGCUCGAAAGGACAAUCGUGAAGCAUGAAAUGACGAAUGAUGAACCUGAAAUAUCGCAACCAGUUAAGAGCAUACAGCACCAGCCAUUCAGAAGCACUUCUCUCACGAAUCUCACCGAAGAAGAUUCCAGGCAUUCUGCUGCUCCCUCACCUACACUCACCACUCCAACAGAAUCGUCGCGUGAUUCUUACCCUGAAUCAUCGUCACCAACAGCGUCACUAUGCGCUCAAUCCUCAUCAACCACUUUGCCGAUUUCAUCAAUGUUUGAUAAAGAAUUGAUCAGUGGUGCAUCGAGUUUCGAUAGCGGCUCGUCCAGCAGCGAUCGUCGCAGCACAAGCUCCACUCCACCCGCUCUGCCCACCAGUCCUCCACCGAGUUUGCCUACCGUUCCACCACCUUCAGACGACGACGAAGAGAUGACACUCAAGAUUGUCACCCCACCACCCGCAGUACCUCCAAAACCGAAACCACCAUCACCGCAAAAAGUUUCUCGACUCCCAAUACCAAAAUAUUCCCCAAAAAUGGUCAUGAAAAUUGAAGAGGUUCAACGCAAUGGUAUCGACGACUUUGUUGAGAUGUUCAUAUGUGAGCCUCUCAAAAGCCUGACUGAAUCAUUUCAGGUAUCACGUUUCUCGUUCGCCAAACCGACUUUAACCGUCAAUCAUGCUGGCGGCAAUGCCAAAGUUGAGUUUUGCGAGCGUUUCGAACCAAAACGCAACUCAGUUUUAGCGGAGUUUAAAGAAAAUCAGAAUGCCGAUAAAACUCGGCAGUUGAAUGGCGAAAGGAAUGGUGAAUUAUUGAAAACAAUAAGACAGGAUAAAGAGUUUGAUUCGGUUACAAAGCCGCCGAGGAUCGUCGGGAUGAUUGUUGAGAAAUUUGAAGCCGAAGAAACACCAAAAAUCGUUGAACGGAAGUUACCUCCUCUACCCGAAAUGAUCGAUAUUCCUGUUGUUGUGCUGCCCGAAGUGAAGAAUGGUGCCGCUUUGUAUCUUGAAAAGAAAGAUGCACUGCGUAGAACAAGUAUACCGCCACGAACUGAUGGAAGAUAUUCCACUUUCAGGGAUGUGACCCUGGCGAAGGAACAACGAGAUCGUUUGGAUGCGAACCGAUGCCUACUUGAACGACAGCAGGAAGAAUUGAGGGCACUUGGUAUAAUACCAUAG